AUGCUUGCGAAGUUUUGGUGGGGAUCUAACAAUGGCACAAGCAAAGUCCAUUGGAUGAGUUGGGAUAGGCUGUCCAUAGCAAAGGGUAGGGGAGGUAUGGGGUUCCGUGGCAUUAGCGAUUUUAAUAUUAGCCUGCUUGGUAAGCAAUUUUGGAGGCUGCUCAAAGGUGAGAAUUCUCUGUUUGUCAAAGUUUUCAAAGGAAAAUAUUUCCCACGUGGUGAUCUUAUGGAGGCUACUCUGGGUUUCUCUCCGAGCUACGCUUGGAGAAGUAUUUUAAGUGCGAGGGAAGUGGUCAGCAGAGGGCUAAGAUGGAGGAUUGGUAAUGGAUCACAGGUGAGAGUUUGGCAGGAUCCCUGGAUUCCCUCGAGUCCAACGUUUAAACCGCUAAUCCGGCAGGAGAAUGUGGACACGGGCCUGUAUGUUUCUUCUCUCAUUGACCAUGACUUGGGAUGCUGGGACAGGCAAGCUUUGAGUAUUCUGUUUGAUCCUCAUGACGCCCGUAGUGUCGCCAACAUACCGGUUUCCAGAAGGUGCUUGGAAGAUAAAAGAGUUUGGCAUUUUGAGGCUAAUGGUGAGUACUCAGUUAAAAGUGCGUAUCACGUGCUGGGUGGAGACAGAAGAAGCAAUGAUGCAAGUCACUCGGGAUCCCAAAGGAAUGAUUUCUGGAAAUUACUCUGGAAGCUCCCUGUUCCGGCAAAGAUUCGCAACUUCGUCUGGCGUCUAGCAAAGAAUAUUCUUCCCACUCGUAGUAAUCUCCAGAAAAAAGGUAUUGUUCUGGACCCCUCUUGCCCCCUUUGUCAACAUGAAGCUGAAAGUGCACACCAUUUGUUUUUAAACUGUGAAUUCACAAGAAGAAUGUGCUUUUCCCCGUCGCUGGGAUUUAGACUCCCUAGUAACGUGGAGAUAAUAGACUGGAUAGGCAUGAUUCUGCGGGGUGGAAACAUGUUGGUAACUCAGCUGCAGAUAACUUCCAUGUGGAAAGUAUGGAAUGUCCGUAAUAACUGUGUGUUCAAUAGGACGCUUGAGGAUCCUGCCAAAGUAGCCAUGGAUACAGUAGAAGUCAUCAAGGAAUUCAAUUAUGCGAAUCCAGAUCUUGCCAAGAAGAAGAUGGCUACGGAUGAAGCUGACUACCACAGUCCUGCGGGGGGAGUGACUAUUGUUCAGGUUGAUGCAGGGUGCUAUGAUAAUGGUGUUAUGGCCAUGGGAUGUGUGGUGAAACCUGAUGGCAAUGGUGUGGUUAUGUCUGCCUGCAGACGUGAACAAGUGCUGGUGAACCCGAAUGUUGCUGAAGCUAUGGCCAUUAGGUGGGCGCUCUCGUUGAUGCAAGCCAUACACUUGGAUAAUGCAGUGCUCCAAUCUGAUGCGCUGAAUGUCAUAGAUAGUAUUUAUGGACUGAAUUAUAUUGCUGAUUUAGAUCCAAUUGUGGCUGAUUGUAAACAUUUGAUUACUUGUUUUAGGAAUGUUUCUGUUUCUUUCAUAGGUAGGAGAGGUAAUGUGGAUGCUCAUCAUAUGGUGGGUGUUGGCAGAACUCUAGGCAACAAAACUUGGAUUGGGUGUAUCCCUAAUUUGUAUUCCAGUCCUUCUUGUAUCAAUUCGGUGGUUGCGCCGCUCUCGUAA